AUGUCCGAGGUCACGUGGAGGGUCACGCUUGUCGAGGACAUCAGAGGUCACGUGGAGGUACUGCUUGGCAGCCUCAGGGUCACGCUUGUCGAGGACAUCAGAGGUCACGUGGAGGUACUGCUUGGCGGCCUCACGCUUGUCGAGGACAUCGGACGUCACGUGGAGAUACUGCUUGGCAGCCUCACGCUUGUCCAGGACAUCAGAGGUAACGUGGAGAUACUGCUUGGCAGCCUCAGGGUCACGCUUGUCCAGGACAUCAGAGGUCACGUGGAGGUACUGCUUGGCGGCCUCAGGGUCACGCUUGUCGAGGACAUCAGAGGUCACGUGGAGGUACUGCUUGGCGGCCUCAGGGUCACGCUUGUCGAGGACAUCGGACGUAACGUGGAGAUACUGCUUGGCAGCCUCACGCUUGUCCAGGACAUCAGAGGUCACGUGGAGGUACUGCUUAGCGGCCUCAGGGUCACGCUUGUCGAGGACAUCGGACGUAACGUGGAGAUACUGCUUGGCAGCCUCACGCUUGUCGAGGACAUCAGAGGUCACGUGGAGGUACUGCUUGGCGGCCUCAGGGUCACGCUUGUCGAGGACAUCAGAGGUCACGUGGAGGUACUGCUUGGCGGCCUCAGGGUCACGCUUGUCGAGGACAUCGGACGUAACGUGGAGAUACUGCUUGGCAGCCUCACGCUUGUCCAGGACAUCAGAGGUCACGUGGAGGUACUGCUUGCCAGCGGGCAGUGCAAGUCCCGUAGACACAAGCAUGGCAAAAACACCGACGAGGACCUUGGAUUGAUGCAUAUUGCAAGGAAGAUUUUAGACCGAUGA